AUGCAGUUACACGAAUGGCCAGAUGAAAGAGGGAAGGCCGGGACCUCCACUCAUGGCCGACUAGCAGACCGCCCGAGGGUGCACGCUGAUGGAUUUAUUCACCCGGGGCUCGCUGCUCGCAGCUGGCUGGAGCCCGCGAUGACGUCACGGGUGGUCACAUGGCCGAGUCCGCCCCGCCCCCUCCCCGCCCCUGCCGCCGCGGCUGCAGCCUUCCGAGCUCAGGGUCCGGACGCGGCAGACGCUAGGAGAUCUCGGGGGAUCGAGGAGACAGGCCGGCGGGCGCACGGGCGAGCGGGCCGGGAGCCGGAGCGGCGGAGGAGCCGGCAGCAGCGGCGCGGCGGGCCCCAGGCGAGGCGGGCUCCAGGCGAGGCGGGCCCCAGGCGAGGCGGUCGACGCUCCCUGAAAACUUGGGCGCGCGCUCGCGCCACUGCGCCCGGAGCGAUGAAGAUGGUCGCGCCUUGGACGCGGUUCUACUCCAACAGCUGCUGCUUGUGCUGCCAUGUCCGCACCGGCACCAUCCUGCUUGGCGUCUGGUAUCUGAUCAUCAAUGCUGUGGUACUGUUGAUUUUAUUGAGUGCCCUGGCUGAUCCGGAUCAGUAUCACUUUUCAAGUUCUGAAGUGGGAGGUGACUUUGAGUUCAUGGAUGAUGCCAACAUGUGCAUUGCCAUUGCGAUUUCUCUUCUCAUGAUUCUGAUAUGUGCUAUGGCUACUUACGGAGCGUACAAGCAACGCGCAGCCUGGAUCAUCCCAUUCUUCUGUUACCAGAUCUUUGAUUUUGCCCUGAACACCUUGGUUGCAAUCACUGUGCUUGUUUAUCCAAACUCCAUUCAGGAAUACAUACGGCAACUGCCUCCUAAUUUUCCCUACAGAGAUGAUGUCAUGUCAGUGAAUCCUACCUGUUUGGUCCUUAUUAUUCUUCUAUUUAUUAGCAUUAUCUUGACUUUUAAGGGUUACUUGAUUAGCUGUGUUUGGAACUGCUACCGGUACAUCAAUGGCAGGAACUCCUCUGAUGUCCUCGUUUAUGUUACCAGCAAUGACACUACGGUGCUGCUACCCCCGUAUGAUGAUGCCACUGUGAAUGGUGCUGCCAAGGAGCCGCCGCCACCUUACGUGUCUGCCUAAGCCUUCAAGUGGGCGGAGCUGAGGGCAGCAGCUUGACUUUGCAGACAUCUGAGCAAUAGUUCUGUUAUUUAACUUUUGCGAUGAGCUCUCUGAGCUUGUUUGUUGCUGAAAUGCUACUUUUUAAAAUUUAGAUGAUAGGUUGAAAACUGUAGUUUUCAAUAUAUGCUUUGCUAGAACACUGUGAUAGAUUAGCUGUGGAAUUCUUCCUGUAGGAUUGGGGAUAUUACGGGCUUCACUAACCUUCCCUAGGCACUGAAACUUCCCCCAAAUCUGAUGGACCUAGAGUCAGAUAAGUCUACUUUUGUACCUGCUGGGCCCCAGAGUUGGGCAGUUAGUCACAUUUUUUCUCUCUGUUCCCUCUCUUUUGAAAAUGUAAAAUAAAACCAAAAAUAGACAACUUUUUCUUCAGCCAUUCCAGCAUAGAGAACAAAACCUUAUGGAAACAGGAAUAUCAAUUGUGUAAUGAUUGUUUAAUUAGGUAAAUAGAAGUCCUUAUGUUUGUGUUACAAGAAUUUCCCCCACAACAUCCUUUAUGACUUAAGUACAAUGACAGUUUGCGUUUGGUGGUAAAGGAUUUUCUCCAUGGCCUGAAUUAAGACCAUUAGAAAGCACCAGGCCGUGGGAGCAGUGACCAUCUGCUGACUGUUCUCAUGGAUCUUGUGUCCAGGGACAUGGGGUGACGUGCCUCGUAUGUGUUAGAGGGUGGAACAGAUGUGCUUGGCACUGCAUGGGAUCUGGUGCCCCUCUUCUGGAUUCGCAUCCCCACCCAGGGCCUGCUUUUACUAACUGUUCUGCCCUAGCUUGGUUCAAGGCGGUCAUCCAACUGACUUUAUCAAGUGGAAUUUGGAUAUAUUUGAUGUACUGUUGCCUAACAACAUGGAAAAGGGUUUUCCUUUCCCUGCAAGCUACAUCCUACUACUUUGAACUUCCAAGUAUGUCUAGUCACCUUUUAAAAUGUAAAAGUUUUCAGAAAAAUGAGGAUUGUUUUCCUUGUAUGCGCUUUUUAUCUUGACUACCUGAAUUGCAAGGGAUUUUUAUAUAUUCAUAUGUUCCAAAGUCAGCAACUCUCCUGUUGGUUCAUUAUUGAAUGUGCUGUAAAUGAAGUCUUUUGCAAUUAAAAUGAGGUUUGCCCACAUCCAA